AUGACAACAUUUGGAUUUUCAUCAAGUAAAUGUAAUGGGCGUGGAAUAUGUAUACAGAAUCAUGAAGGAUUUCCAACAAGUUCGAUAUAUCUUUGUGAACCAUGUAGUUAUGGAUAUAUUUGUCAAUUUUCAACAGCUGACUAUACUCUAUCACUAAAUGCUAUCAUUGAUUCACAUGUACGUUUGACAGUCGUGAGUAUUUUUGCAACAAACAAUAGUGAUUCAAAUUAUUGAAGCUUUUAUUAGUGCUGUAGUCAUAAUCGGCACCUUUCUAAGCAUUUUUACAAUUGUUACAUUUUCUCGAAAAAAGACUCAUGACGUUAGUUUCGGUUUCUACUUGUUGAUAUCAUCUAUAUUCGGUCUUCUAACUAUGCUCGUACUGAUGUGUAAGUUGAUUUUCUUGACAAAUAUUGCGUCGCGAAAUAUCAGUUGUUCACUUAUCGAAUUUUUACUCAAAUGGUUGUCAACAAGUUGUGAAUGACUAAAUGCAUGUGUAAGCAUUGCAUGUUUGUUAACGGUUGUCAAUCGGACUCAUUUUUCUCGUUCGAAAAGUAAACAUAAACAUAUAUUAAUUGCACCGAUUAUUCUCGGCAUUCUUUUCUUACCUUGUGUUGCUCUCACCUUUGUUUUUGUAUGUACAAAACUUAAUCGACAUCCAUUCCUCAGCCUAUUCACUUAUCUGGUCGGCUUUUUACCAUCGAUCUCUGUAUUAUGUGCAUUUGUUCUACCGGUUGAAGUUUACCGAAGUAUUUUUUUUUUGUAUUUGUCAAACGAAUUGUAUCAC